GCCAUCUACAUGGUGUCUUGCGUCAUGAUCGCCCUCUGCCACACCUACAAGGAGCUCAUGGGCUUCCGCAUCCUGCAAUCCGUCGGUGCCAGCCCCACCAUCGCCAUCGCCUCAGCCGUCGUCGCCGAUAUCGUCACCAGCGCCGAGCGAGGGAGCUAUGCAGCACUGGUGGCGCUACCCGUCAUCUUCGCACCCACCCUGGGCCCUGUCAUCGGCGGCCUGCUGACCCAAUAUCUCGGCUGGCGGUCCAUCUUUUGGUUCCUGCUCAUCGUAGGCGCAUUCACUUUCUUUAUGGUCCUGGUCUUCUUCCCAGAGACGUGCCGGUUCAUCGUUGGCGACGCCUCGGCCAAGGCCCCCAGGCGGUACCGGAGCGUGAUCCAGGUCCUCAAGGACAAGAAGCCCGAGUACAGCCAGGCAGUGGAGGACGAGAAAGCGAGGCUCAAGGGCAAGCAGACUGUACGACAGAUGCUGUGGUUGUCCCUGACGGCCGCGGUGCGCAUUCUGUUCACCAAGGAGCGUUUCUGCCUGCUGUUCUACGUGGGCCUCAUCUUCGCGGGUUUCCAGUCCAUUGCCACCGAGCUCCCCACACAGUUCAAGGCCAUCUACGGCUACGACUCGGUCAUGAUCGGCAUCAUGUACCUCCCACUAGCCGGAGGAGCCAUGAUCUCGACGGCCGUCUUUGGCAAGCAGAUGAACAAAAAUUUCCGCAAGUACACGGCCCGAGCCGGCAUCAACUUCGAGGCUGGUCAGGAGGUCGACAUGAACAGGGUUAACGUCGAGCGGGCGCGCCUCGAAAUCUGUAUCGCCCCAUUGCUCAUCUCCAUGGCCGGUAUCAUCUGCUGGGGCUGGGUGCUCGAGAUGAAGACGUCCAUCGCCGGCCCGUGCGUCCUGCUUUUCUUCAUGGGUGUGGGCCUGAACGGCGUCAUGGCCACCACCAACGCACUGCUCAUGGAUAUCUCCCAAUCGCAGGCCGGCGCCGUCAUGGCCGCCAGCAACCUGACGCGCUGCGCCCUCGGGGCUGUCGCCUCCGCCGCCAUCCAGACCAUGAUCGACAAGAUGGGCCUGGGCUGGACCUACGUCGUCUUCGGCCUGGUCUUUAUCGUCUUCUCCCCGAUGAUCGCCCUGCACUACUUCAAGGGUCUGCAGAUGAGACAAUCCGCCAAGGCCAAGGAGGACAGGAGACGAGAAGCUCAGGAUGGCGCCACCGGUGCCACUAUUAAUAUGGAGCAACCUACCGAGACUGGCAUCGUACAGGCUGCUGCCGUAGAUGCCGUCGUCAACACAACAGCGGCUAUCCCUUUGGUGGAGAUGAAGUGCAGCAGGGACGGGUCUGGGAGAAACUCGGUGUGCAGCAAAAUUUAGCUUGGCCUGCGGUUUCUAAUGUUUGAUGGUAGAUUAUUUCUCUAUAUGUUUUUCGUGGUUAUUCUUUCCCAUUUAUGAGGAUAGAGCUGGAAUCGUGUAUCAUCUUUAUUCUACCAAAUAUCCUUGCAUAGGAAAUUAUGACAUGAUGGGCAUUUCAUAUCUCAUAUUGAUCUUUUAAGGGCUUCUUCGGAACUGAACUCGAAAGCUUCUGGCUUGUGCAAUGAAACUGUCUUGCCUGGUACGCAGUGGGGUGUAAUUUCACUUCAGACUUAAUAGAGUUUCAGUUGUCGCUCCAAAAAAUAUAUAUGCCUGGUCGGUAUUGUACAUG